AUGUAUGUUAAGUUAGAUAAGAGUAUUUUACACAGCAAUCAAUUUUCUGUUACAAGACAUCAAAAAUCUGUUUCUAAUAUCAAUGCAGAAACAGGAAUGCCCGGUGCAUUUUUCAGUUAUGAAAUUUCGCCUAUAAUGGUUAAAUACACAGAAAAAGAAAGGUCAAUUGGUCAUUUGGCCACUAAUAUUUGUGCAAUCAUAGGUGGAGUAUUUACUGUUGCAGGAAUAUUAGAUGCCUUUUUAUACCAUUCCUUGAAUGCUUUCCAGAACAAGAUGGUAUUGGGAAAAUCUGGAUAA